AUGUUGUCAGUUUCGUCAUCCGCACCAGACGCAGCAACAGUCGUUCGCAACCUACUAGCAUCGCUCGGCCAGCAGGGUAACCUGGCGGGCGGUACAGGCGGCGCAGGCGGCGCGGGCGCCGGCCAGACACGCGACAAGACUUACCCGCUGCUCAACGACUUGCUCGAGACCAAAGUCACCAUCCCCAUGGUUCGCAACGCCAGCGAGGAGUACAUCGAUGGCCUCCUCAACUACCUGCCGCCCACCGUCCUCAUUCUGAGCCAGCACGAGUCCGGCGAGGACGGCGGCGACCUAAUCGAGCCCACAGCGGAGACCGCUGCUGCUGCCAAGGCUGCCAUGUCCAUGGCCGAGAAGAAGAGCCUGCUCGAAAAGGUGCUGCGCAGCCCACAGUUCUCGCAGAGCCUGGCUAGCCUGUCCAUGGCAAUCCGCGACGGCGGCCUGCCCAGCAUUGCGGACGCGCUAGCCAUCCCUGUGAAGAACCAGGGCUUCCUGACGGGCGGUGCCAUGCCCAUGGGCGGCGCCGAGGCCGUCGAGGCAUUUGUGGAGGGCGUCAAAUCGGCCGUCGAGGACAAGCUUGAGAAGCAGAAGCAGUAG